AUGUCGUUCUGGGAUAAGUUGACAGGGCGAAAGCCAUCAUCAAAAGACACUUCUAGUGGCGGAUCAACCUUGAAUACCCCAACUGACACAUUCACACCUACACCCUUCAACCCUCAAGAAGGUCAAGAUGUCAACUCUUUUCUUACAGGGCCAGAGCUCAUAGAUCCAUCACAACUUCAUCCUUUGGCUGGUCUGAACCAACAGACUCUAGACUAUCUAUCCCUCGAAGAAUCUACUCUCUCGGAUCUUCCAGGAUCGCAAUCUGCCUUACCCUCGAGAGGUUGGUCGGACGAUUUAUGUUAUGGUACCGGUGUUACAUAUUUGACGGCACUAACUGUGGGUGGUGCUUGGGGAUUACAGGAGGGUUUGAGGAGGUCUGCGACGCAACCACCAAAGUUACGAUUGAACUCGGUGCUGAACGCUGUUACGAGGCGAGGGCCAUUCUUGGGCAACUCGGCAGGAGUAAUUGCUAUGGUUUACAACGGAUUCAACUCAUUUAUCGGACAUAUGAGGGGCAGGCAUGAUUCGGCGAACAGUGUUCUUGCAGGUGCGCUGAGUGGGAUGAUUUUUAAAAGUACAAGAGGAGUUCGACCUAUGAUGAUUUCCGGUGGGAUCGUGGCUUCUGUAGCCGGCGCAUGGGCACAAGAAAAGCAAUAUUUUAAAUGA